GUUGCACUGGUGGGCACAGGUGGGUGGCACUGCUGGGCACAGGUGGGUGGCACUGCUGGGCACAGGUGGGUGGCACUGCAGGGUGGCACAGUUGGGUGCACUGCUGGGCACAGGUGGGCGGAGCUAGUGGGUGCACUGCUGGGCACAGGUGGGCGGAACUUGUGGGUGGCACUGCUGGGCACCGAUCAUCAGGGCACUGAUCAUCAGUGCCCUGAUGAUCGGUGCCGAUCCCUGCUCUAACAACUGCCGGUUCUCAGCAGUACUUUCCUCAUGAUCUGACAGCCGAUCACGUAGAUUGCCGGGGGACGCGCAGGAGAGCGCGUUCUGGGAGGGCGUCAUAUGACGCCUACCCAGAACUGGC